AUGUCUCAGGAUCCAGAGUCUUCAGAACUUAGUGUCAGAUCGAUCGCUUCAUCUCGGCAGUCAUUGCUGGAGAAUGCACCAAAACUGACAAAUGAACAGUUAGAACAACUGCUAUCAGAGGCCCACUUCCCAAUGAGUUCAAGGCUGCAAGGUCUCAGGGAAGACAGUGACAAGUUAUGGGAAGAAGAAGAGAGUGCAGAAACUAUAAAAGCAGAGACCUGGAAAGUCAUCAAAGAUGUGAAUUUAAAUGAGGCAGAUUAUUUAGAUGAGAGAUUUCCAGAGCUAGCAGAGAUAGACCGGGAGCUUCAAAAUUUUAUAGACAUUUCAAACAAUGCCGACAUGAACAUAUCCAACAAUCAUAACAGAAAUAUUUUCAGCAAUAUUCAUAACACCAAAGAUAAUCCCCAGCAGGAUCCACAAAGGGCAGCAGAAUUUGUUCCAGUCUCUCCUUCGUUAGCUUGUUCUCCAUUUCCCUUCAUUCAAAGCUCUGUUUACUCUUCAUCUGCAUCUGGUGGACUCCCAAGAAUAUCUCAGUCAAACGGCAUCUGUCGUUCAGAGAUGUCAGCCGAUAGCAGAAGCUGUGUUGGGACACCAUUGAUUUUAUCUCGAGAUACCUCUGAAGAUGUGAUUAGAUUUCCUGAUAUCUCCACCAAAUCCUUCCUUGUUCAUGCUCAUCAAGGAAUAAACAGUGCUAGUAAUAAAGACAGAAGUAAUCUACCCACUAGGCGAACAAUGGAUUUUGUGUGCAAUGAUUUCUUUGAGAUGAAGAUAGAUGAUAUUUUAGAUGACAGAGAUGGAGAAAAAGAACAAAGUAAUGGAUAUUAA